AGGAUAUGAAACUAUUGUCUUUGUUAUUUGAUUGCUUUGCACAAUUAAUGAUGUAUUGUUUGAACAUAUGCUGACCGAUAAUAUUCGUUCAUUUGUCUUUAGUCAUAGGAAUGUAUUCAUAAAUGGUAGAUGGUGAGUUCAAUAAUUACAUUUUCCAACUAUGGCCGACUCUAAAAAUUCAAAGUAUGAAUUCAGGGAUAAUAUGUUCUUACUUGUGUCAGUUUUAUCAGGAAUAAUUGGUGCAAUAUCAGAUGGGAUGCAUGUGGGUUACACAAGUCCUCUAUUCUAUUCAUUAAGUAGAGAAGUAUCUCAAAAAGAUUUAGCUCUUGACGAAAAUCUAACAAAACUUUAUCAGAACCGAUCAUAUCCAAAAAGUAUCGGAGAGGAAAUGUUGGUUAAAAGUUUUUAUCACUUGGGUGCCUUAUUAGGAGUUCCAGUUGUUAUUUUAUGUGAGAAAAUUAGUUCAAAAAGAGUUUCCACUAUAAAAUCUACUAUUUCUCUGAUAUCGUGGUUAAUAAUAGUGUCCACUACUUCUUGGACUUGUUUAUACAUAGCAAGAACGGUAGCAGGAAUAAGCGUAUCAUUGACUUUAAUAGUUAUGCCGAAAUAUUUAUCUGAAAUUACAUCACCAAAGAUGAGUAAAUCAUUGAAUAGUCUUGUGUAUGAUCCAAUACUUAUAGGAGUAUUAGUAGCUUACUUGGUGGGUCCAACAAUAAAAAGAUCGGCUAUGCCAUUGUUAGGUGUUACAAUAACUAUUAUAGAAUUAAUACUGUCCUUUUUUAUGUCUGAAUCGCCAUAUUUUCUCAUAUCCAAGGAUCGAAAUUUGGAGGCUAAAACAGUAUUACAAAAAUUGAGAAAAAGCAAGUUCAAAAUAGGAGAAAUUAGUAUUAUGGGAACAAAUUUAUUUAGAAAUAAAAGAGAACGAAAAGAUAUGGGACUAUUUCAUCCAAUGGAUAAUAGAAAAGCUACUAUAGCGGUAAUUGUGAUAAUUUCUGCACAGCAAUUUACUGGAAUAACCGCAUUUUUGAUGAGUUUUCAUGAGAUAUUGUACCACUGUAAUAUUACACAGACUUACAGUGUGGUGAUCUCUAAUAUUUUUAUUUUACUUAUUGCCAUAACAAAGUAUUCACAUAAACUUAAGUUUAUAAAAUAUACUCGUUCAGAAAUAGGUGCUACUAUAAUAUCUACAAUAGCGCUAUUAGUUUUGGCUACUUAUUUAGCUUUGAAAAACCACGGAUUUAGUCUUCAAGAAAUGACAUGGAUUCCUGUGAUAUCAUUUAUUGCUUUUGGAGCUGCGUUCACAUUUGAUAAAGGGUAUUUACCCAUUGACAUAGUUGAUACGUACUAUCCCAAUGCAUUUAAAAGCAGUGGAUUAAUAUUCGCCACAUUUAUUCAGAUUUUUGGAGCUUGGAUCUCAGUAGAAUUAUUUCAAAGACUAGACUUUAGCUUAGUUAUAUAUAUUUUCGCAUUUAAUAAUGUGGUCAGCUCAUUAAUUAUUAAAUUUUGCAUAUCUCCUAUAAGUAAAAGAGAGAUGAGACAGUUCGGAGGUAACGAUGAAACGAUUGCAAAUCAGAACGAGGAUCGUAGUCUUGACGACGGAGGCAUAGAAUUGUUUGGGCAACCUCAAGCCAACACCGCUGAGAAGAUGACUGUAGCUGUAACUUCUGAAAAUAUAUUUAAAGGAACUUUUCCCCAAUUGGUUGCUGUUUUAGCAGGUACUUUAACUGCAGUCAGUGAUGGAAUGCAAUAUGGUUGGACAUCUCCAGUAUUGCCAUUAUUAAUGGAACCAAAUUCUCCAGUUACAGUCACCAAACACCAAGGAACAAUAUCUGCCAUCUCUGAUGGAAUGCAAUACGGCUGGACAUCUCCAACGGUUCCUCUUCUCCUUUCGGAAGAUAGUCCUUUGGAAGUAACGGAUUAUCAAGCAGAAUGGUUGGAGUCGAUUCUUAUGAUUGGAGCUAGUUGUGGUCUACCUGGAACUAUGUAUUUAGUUGAUAAAAUAGGAAGAAAAAAAUCCCUAAUGACCUCGGCAAUAGUAACUGCAAUAGCUUGGAUUGUCAUGGCUACAUUAUCUAAAAUAUGGUUAAUUUAUUUAGCAAGGUUUUGUGCUGGUAUGGCUGGCGAUAUGGCGUUUGUUGCAGCUCCUAUGUAUAUUGCUGAGAUUGCUGAUCAAAAAAUUAGAGGAUUUUUGGCAAGCUUUGUAUACGUUAUGAUGUUGACAGGAAUUCUCUUAGUUUACUGCGUAGGGCCUUUUGUACCAAUGUGGACUCCGUGUUUCUUAGGAUUUUUGAUCAAUUUAAUAGGUUUGUCGAUAUUUUUUUUCCAACCAGAAUCUCCCUACUAUCUUUUGUAUAGAAGUAAACCUGAAGAAGCCAGAGCGGCUUUAAAGAGACUCCGGAAGAGGGAUGAUAUUGAAGAAGAGUUUAAAGAUAUAUCGUUAGCGAUAGAAAGGCAAAAAGGAGAGAGAGGAAGAUUUAAGGAUUUAUUCAUAGUUCCAAGUAAUAGGAAAGCUUUAACAAUAAUGGUUGUUUUAAAUAGUUCUCAACACAUGAGUAGUAUUAGUGUUAUGUUGAUGAAUCUUCAAUCGAUUCUUGAAGAAGCUGGAUCUUACUACAUACCUGCAUAUACUGGAGCUAUAAUAUUUUCAGCUACAAUGUUCAUAGCAGCUAUGACAGCUUCAUUGGCCAUAGACAAUUUUGGUCGUAAAGUAUUACUCUGUAUAUCAGGCAUUAUGGCUGGAUGCAGUCUUCUAGUUUUGGCUAUAUAUUUUACUUUGAAAAAAUCCAGUGUUGACGUCUCUUCAGCUAGUUUAUUGCCACUAAUAAUGGUAUUACUUUAUGCGGCAUCUUUCAAAUUUGGAAUCGGCUUGGUUCCAGUUGUUUUAACCGCUGAACUAUUUCCAGCCACUGUAAAAGCUUUUGGUAUGACGCUUUCUGAUCUGAGUUACGUUGGAUUCUCCGUUAUUACUUUACAGAUUUAUCACUUUCUUCGACAUAAAUUUGGUAUUCAUGUACCUUUCUAUAUUUUUGCAUGUUCUUGCUUUUGCACUGUUAUUUUUACACUAUUUUAUAUACCGGAAACGAAAGGAAAGACAUUGGAAGAAAUUCAAAUGAUUUUAAAAGGGAAGUCACAGCAGUCUUAUACCAACAAUCAUACAAAUACUGAAAAAAUUACAGAAGAAAGUAUAAACUGUGGAUAUAAAAAUACAGCAUUUGUACCAUAAUGACACAAAAAUAUUUUGGUUGAUCAUCGUUCUUCAAUUUGUUCUCAUUCUUUAAAUAUAUUUAUUUUAUUUUGUAAUGCUUUUGUCAACUUCUAUCAUUUGAAAAA